UCACUUUCUCGACAUCACGGCCGGCCACCAUCCAAAGCCAAACCUCACUCUUUCUAUCUCACGAACGCCGAACGGAACCCUACCCUUCCGCCACCCACUCUAUCGGCACGGCAACCUUCCCUCACUGCCACCUUCCUCUGCGACGUUCCUAACGUGUCUCUCUCUCUCCGCCACAAUCACUCUCUCUCUCUCUCUGCGAUCCUCACCCAACACCGUACGGUGUGUAUUUUGGCAUGAUUGCUACUUUGACGACUGCUAAGAAGCUUCUAUAGUAGCACAUGAACUGUUAUCAGAGAACGAAGGAGAGGAAACCUAAAAAAUAAUAAGAGUAGAAAAAUAAUCCCUUGUUCAAUAUUCCCACUACCUUAUUUCGCUUUAAAUGGGCAUAAUUUGCAUAUGAAUUCUCUGGUGAUUUAAUAUUUUGUUUCAGCAAAAUAUUGUGAGAGCUACUCUGACUUUUUUGUAAUUUUCUUAAAUGAGGACCGUUACUUUUAUGUGACUCUUCCCUUCUUUAGUAUAUUCCAAUUUGAAUUUCGGUUAGAUAGGCUGUUUUUAUAUAUAAAGAGAUAACUGUAGUUUAAAAUUAUUCUACAAAUUACACGUACAUAUGUAAACUUCCAAAAUUAAGCCCAUUUGUUUUUGUUAAAAAAAUCAGUGCUGCUUGCACCUCUUUCUCCCCUCCAUCUCAACACUGCUGCAAGUUAGGACUUUUUUUGUUCGAACAACUGCGGAGCUUUUUUUCCCAAUCAAUUUUUUCUUUUUCUUUUUUUCUUUGACAAUUUGAGUUUCAAUAUCUUUGGAUCAAAAUGAGCGGAGAUCCUUUGGUAUUUGGGUCUCCAAUUCAAGACGCCAUUUCUAGCAUUCAGUUUGCGCCGCAAUCGAAUAACCUUCUCAUCUCUUCUUGGGAUUCUUGUCUGCGAUUGUACGAUGUGGGUGACUCGGUGCUUAGGUUAGAAGCUCCGUCAGAAGCUUCGCUUCUCGACUGUUGUUUCCAAAAUGAGCUGGUUGGUUUCAGCGCUGGUUCUGAUGGUUCCAUUAGAAGGUAUGACUUGCAUUCCGGAACUAGUGAGGUGAUUGGAAAUCAUGACGAUAUUUCAAUUUGUGUUGGAUAUUCGAAUGAAACGUGCCAAGUAAUCAGUGUUGGUUUGGACAAUAAGAUAUUAGCCUGGGACACACGAACGGAGAACGAACUUUUGUGUUUGGUGAAUGUAGGAUCAGAAGUGCACUCAUUGUCACUUUCAGGAUUUGAUAUGAUGGUAGCAGUUGGAAGAUCAGUAUAUGUGUAUGACUUGCGUAACUUAGGAAGAUCAAUUCCAUCAAAAAACUCAGAUAUGGAUGUUAAGAUAAAGUGCAUCAGUUCAGUUCCUUAUUCUAGAGGAUUUGCUGUUGGCUCAGUAGAUGGACGUGUAGCAUUGGAGAUGUCUUCUUCAUCAGAUUCAAAUGACAUCAGAUACAUGUUUCGUUGUUAUCCAAAGUCAACCGAUAAGAGAUUUCAUCUAGUAUCAGUGAAUGACAUUGUAUUUAAUACACUUAUAGGCAGUGCUUUUUAUACUGGUGAUAAUGAGGGUUAUGUUAUUGGAUGGGACGCUCAAAGUCGGAAAAGACUAUUUGAGUUGCCUAGAUACCCAAAUAGCAUCGCAUCUUUAUCAAUCAACAAUAGGGGACAACUUUUAGCUGUUGCAUCAAGCUACACUUACCAAGAGGCUAAAGAAAUAGAAGAAAUUCCUCAAAUAUUCAUACAACAAAUUGAUGAUGUCAAUACUAAAUCAUUUUAUUGUGGAAGUUCAAGUAGGAAGUAAACAUUCACAAGAUGACUGUGGAGUGGAGGUAAUAAUGGAUGACUGAAUGAGAAAUGGUUUGAAGUAGCUGAAGAAACCACUGACCCACAGAUAGAGGCCUAGUUAGGAAGUCGCUCCUGUUUGUCAUCUUCUUGGUGGUGAUGUUUGUAACGUUGCUUGGUACUAUUUAAUUAAUGUGUUAAUACAUCGAGUUGUUAAUGUGUAAUAUAACUCUUUACUUACAGACCAUUUUUUUUAAAAAAAUUCCAUCGUGGCAUCAAUUCUCUGCAGUCGAACACACGGAUGACUUUUUCUAAUAUCAAUUUUGCAAGUCUGAAUUCAAGACUUCAGAACAAAUGAAAUUGAUUGAAUUAACAGCCAAAGUUUAUUAGUCAACUUUUCUAA